CAGGAGAAGCCGUAUCACUGUGAACAGUGUGGGAAGAGUUUUACUCAACAGGGUCAUCUCAAAUCACACCAGCGUAUCCACACAGGAGAGAAGCCGUAUCACUGUGAUCAGUGUGGGAAGAGUUUUACUCAACAGGGUCAUCUCAAAUCACACCAGCGUGUCCACACAGGAGAGAAGCCGUAUCACUGUGAACAGUGUGGGAAGAGUUUUACUCAACAGGGUCAUCUCAAAUCACACCAGAGUAUCCACACAGGAGAAAAGCCGUAUCACUGUGAACAGUGUGGGAAGAGUUUUACUCAACAGGGUCAUCUCAAAUCACACCAGAGUAUCCACACAGGAGAGAAGCCGUAUCACUGUGAUCAGUGUGGGAAGAGUUUUACUCAACAGGUUUUACUCAACAGGGUCAUCUCAAAUCACACCAGAGUAUCCACACAGGAGAAGCCGUAUCACUGUGAUCAGUGUGGGAAGAGUUUUACUCAACAGGGUCAUCUCAAAUCACACCAGAGUAUCCACACA